AUAGCCUCCUUGCCGUUUUACCCAAAAUCCUCCUUUCGGAUAGUCUCUCUCCAUAUCUCCUCCGCUCGGCUCCUCUUGCCAUUCUUCUUGCAGAGCCUGCCCAGGGGACAUGGAGAGAGUUAUCUCGACAAGGGGCCUCCUUUCCCUCCCUCCCAAGCCUCAAGUUCGCCCCUACUUGCCUCUCCACACCCUCCGUAUUCGUUUCCCCUCCGCCGCGGCGCCCGCCCUCUGCGCCCGGGCUCCCGCUUCCGCCCUCCAUGGCCUCAGCUGCAGGGAGAGAACCCCGUCAAUUGCGAGACCGACGGCCUCCAGGGACCCCGAAAGGUCGCUCCUUUACCCCGGAAUUUCGGGGAAACAGAGGAAAGUUCCGAUUUUUAGAGCCAGCGCCGCGAUUCCGGCCGACGGAGCCGGCUCUGCGGAGCUUGGGGAGAAGAAGCCCAAAUUCUUGGGUGUCGAGAUAACGACGCUUAAGAAGAUAGUUCCGCUGGGGAUUAUGUUCUUCUGCAUUCUUUUCAAUUAUACCAUUCUCAGGGAUACCAAGGAUGUGCUGGUGGUGACCGCCAAGGGGAGCAGCGCCGAGAUUAUACCGUUCUUGAAGACGUGGGUGAACCUGCCGAUGGCGGUGGGGUUCAUGCUGUUGUACACCAAGCUGUCGAAUGUGCUGUCGAAGGAGGCUCUUUUCUACACCGUGAUUCUGCCUUUCAUAGCCUUUUUCGGGGCCUUUGCAUUCGUGAUGUAUCCGCUUCGCGAUGCCAUCCAUCCCACCGCUCUUUCGGACAAGCUUCUGGCGGCGCUGGGUCCGAGCUUCCUUGGCCCAGUCGCAAUUUUGAGGAUUUGGAGUUUCUGCCUCUUCUAUGUCAUGGCAGAGCUGUGGGGAAGUGUGGUGAUCUCGGUCCUGUUCUGGGGGUUUGCCAAUCAGAUUACUACAGUUGAAGAAGCCAAGGAAUUCUACCCAUUGUUCGGACUUGGAGCUAAUAUUGCACUCAUCUUCUCGGGACGAACGGUCAAAUACUUCUCUAACCUGCGUAAGAAUUUGGGACCAGGGGUUGAUGGUUGGGCAAUUUCACUAAAAGGAAUGAUGAGCAUUGUUGUGCUUCUUGGCUUCGGGAUAUGUGCAAUCUAUUGGGGGGUGAAUACAUUUGUUGUGAAUGAUCCAUCUCUUCCAAGAUCAGAUCGCAAAAAGAAGGAGAAGCCAAAGCUAGGUAUGAAUGAGAGCCUAAAAGUUUUGCUGUCAUCUAGAUACGUCAGAGACCUAGCCACCUUGGUGGUUGCUUAUGGUAUAAGCAUUAACCUGGUAGAAGUCACAUGGAAGUCAAAGCUCAAGGCACAGUUCCCCAGUCCAAACGAAUAUUCAUCCUUCAUGGGUGAUUUCUCAACUGCUACUGGGAUUGCAACAUUCACAAUGAUGUUGCUAGGCAGACUGAUACUCCGAAAAUUCGGUUGGGGGGUGGCAGCUAUGAUUACACCCACAGUUUUGCUCCUGACAGGAGUUGGGUUCUUCUCAUUGUUAUUGUUUGGUGAGCCUUUGGCUCCUCUUCUGGGAAGUCUUGGUAUGACUCCUCUGCUUGCUGCUGUUUACGUGGGGGCAUUACAAAACAUUUUCAGCAAGAGUGCAAAGUACAGCUUGUUUGAUCCUUGCAAAGAAAUGGCUUAUAUUCCUUUAGACGAAGAGAUGAAGGUUAAAGGGAAGGCCGCGAUUGACGUCGUCUGCAACCCCUUGGGAAAAUCAGGAGGUGCACUGAUCCAGCAGUUUAUGAUUUUGACAUUUGGGUCUCUGGCGAACUCGACCCCAUACCUGGGAGGCAUACUGCUGGUGAUUGUUCUUGCAUGGUUGGGUGCUGCAAGAUCCUUGGAUUCUCAAUUCUCUCCUUUGGCUAAGAAGGAGCUCGAGAAGGAGAAAAUGCGGAAAGAAAAGGCGAACGAGUCUUUGAUUGCGGCAGCGAGGGAGGACACCGAUGGGUUAGUUGCCGAGGUAAAACUGAGAGAGAAUGAUUCUCUUCAUGAAUCUAUAGCAAGUGAGGAUUCAACAAAUGGGUCGCCUUUGAAGGAAAAAUUAGCUUCCGAGUCUGAGAGUUCAUCGGAAACCUCCACUGGCCGAAGUCAAUGAAGCUGCCCUUUCUGGUACGAUUAGAAAGACAGAUGUUAGGGAUGAUGAGAAACUUUUGUUAAUUUAGGGUUCCAUCAGAUAGGAAUAAUAUGAGAAGAGCUGAUGAGAAGCCAGAAAUCUGAUCUGUUUUGGCAUAAGACGCAAUCAACUAUUUUAUUGUGUUGUACUGUUGUUUAAGUAUCUGCUAUCAAAAUAAACUUGUGAGGAAAGACAAGUGUUUGGAUAA